GUUGCUAGGCCCCAGUACUGCCCCACCUCUGCCGCUGAUUUUAGUUCUGGGACCCGGUGUCCGUUCUGCCGCUGCAGCCACACACCUGCCAGUGCCAUCGGAAAGACGUGGCAAGGAUAAACUAACUGACACUUCAGCCUCAUUCGGCUGGGGCUCGUAGCUUGAGCGAUUGGGAGGGCAACGGCACUGGAAGUGUUUGUAAAGUCAGCUCGCGUUAUAUGUCGUAACGCUGCCACCAGGCAACAGUCGGCAGAUGAAGUUAGCAAGCUAGCUAACGUGAAGUGUUGCUAGUGAUGGCUCUGCGUUUGACAACAUUCUGUUGGCCGUUACGUUGUAGUUAGUCGGUUAGCUCAGCGUGUGUGAAUUUACAAUCACUUCUCUCACGUUAAUGCAGUGACAGUAAUGCCAGUUAUCCCGCUAACCCGCUUAUACACGGUUACGUCUCAGCUGUUAAAACAACCCAGUCCAGUUGGCUAACGUGAACUUUACAUUAGCAUUUAGCUAACGGUACCGUUACACUACCCCUCUGUUGUUGUUGUUUUGUUGUUGGGUUGUUGUUUUUUUUGCAAAGUUGCCGUUAUGCUCAUUGAGUUGUGAAGCAGAGAUACCCUAAGUUGAGUCAUAUUUAAGUGUGCUAACUAUACCUUAUAACAGACAGCUAACAAUUAACUCGGGUUAAUAGAUCUUUAACGUAAGUCCAGAUAGCAUCUACAAGAUAGUGCGCUAUUGAACCUCAGAAUAUUGGCUAAAGAUAUAAAACUACUUGCUGUGCUGAUCACACAUAGCAUUAUUUUGCCCAGUCAGUCAUUUCCCAGUCAGAAAUCUCUACGUGGAGAGGUGUUAGAUAAUAAUUGUAGCUCGGAUAAAAGUAUCACAAAGCUCAUAGUUGACUCACAAGUUAGCAUGGCUCCUAAAAAGAGACCAAUGCCCUUAAAUAUUGCACCUUCUGGCGAUGGGUUAUCCACCUCCACCAACUCUGAUGUUGCAUCUGAGGCUAAUUUAGAGGCACUUAAGAGAAUAUUGGAGGAGUUGGACCUGGAUGAACAACAGAAGAAGAGGUUAGAAGCUUUCCUGACCCAGAAGGCCAAAGUGGGGGAGAUGAGAGAUGAUGACUUUCAGCGCAUCUGUGAGCUGGGUGCAGGCAAUGGAGGAGUUGUCAAUAAGGAAUGCCACAAACCUUCAGGAAUUAUCAUGGCCAGAAAGCUUAUUCAUCUUGAAAUUAAACCUGCUAUCAGAAACCAGAUAAUCCGGGAGCUUCAGGUGCUGCAUGAGUGUAACUCUCCCUACAUUGUGGGCUUCUAUGGAGCAUUUUACAGCGACGGAGAGAUUAGCAUCUGUAUGGAAAACAUGGAUGGUGGAUCUUUGGAUCAGGUUUUAAAAGAAGCCAAGAGGAUCCCAGAAGACAUCCUGGGCAAAGUCAGCAUUGCUGUUUUGAGAGGCCUUGCCUAUCUAAGAGAAAAGCACCAAAUCAUGCAUAGAGAUGUGAAGCCUUCGAACAUACUGGUGAACUCACGUGGGGAGAUCAAGUUGUGUGACUUCGGUGUGAGCGGGCAGCUCAUAGACUCUAUGGCCAAUUCCUUUGUUGGUACAAGGUCCUACAUGUCACCUGAGAGACUGCAGGGGACCCACUAUUCUGUGCAGUCAGAUGUGUGGAGUAUGGGCUUGUCCCUGGUAGAGCUGUCAAUCGGACGCUUCCCCAUCCCUCCCCCAGACGCCAAAGAACUGGAGGCCAUAUUUGGACGUCCCAUCUUGGAUGGUAGUGAGAGAGAGACACACAGCACUUCACCCAGACCCAGACCAACAGGUAGACCUGUUAGCGGUCAUGGACCCGCAAUGGCCAUCUUUGAACUACUUGACUACAUAGUAAACGAGCCCCCUCCCAAACUACCACAUGGCAUCUUCACCUCUGAUUUUCAGGACUUUGUAACAAAAUGUCUCAUCAAAAAUCCAGCAGACAGAGCUGACUUGAAAAUGUUGAUGAGCCAUACGUAUAUCAAACGGUCGGAGGUGGAAGAGGUGGACUUCGCCGGCUGGCUUUGUAAAACCAUGGGGCUGAACCAACCUAGAACUCCCACACGUGCUGCAGACUGAACACCCGCUCUGUACUUACUUAGACACCACACACACACACACACACACACACACACACACACACACACACACACACACACACCAGUAUGUACAUGUAAAAACAUGGAGAAGCUGCUGCCUAAACAUACACACCUUGUUUGCCACAUCCACCCUCAGGUGAACCUCUAAAGUCUCCAUCUAACAAAGGAACUCUAUUGACAUGUAAAACAGAUGAUCACAUGCUAGGAAAUAUGCUCUUUCUUCAGUUUCCACCUUUUGUCUGAAGUCAGUACACAGGGUUUCUGUUACCUAGACAUUUUACCUCUUAAAUCAAUUACAACACAAUUUCUGAAUGUUUGUUGGAAACAUGGAGAACUUUGUUCAUCUCCUAAUUUGUGUUAAGGCACACUAUGCAGUUUUAGGGAAGACACUUUAAUUACAGAAAGACAAAACAAACUAAUAAACAAACUCUUCAUUUGCAUAACUGAAUAAUCUUGAUAACAAACUGACCUUAAAGGACAACAUAAUUUCACACUGUUUUACUACUUGUUUAUUUUUGGCGGACCCUGCCAUCUUUCUAGCUUCAGUGUUCUGGGACCUUACUUUCCUCUGAGAACAGCUUGUUUAUUCAGUUGUGGAAAAAAAUGAAUAUUUCUGAGUUUGAUUUAUUACCUGAGUAAUAUUGUAAAUAUUAACACUCUGAGUUUGAAUUUCUUCUCCAAAACUCCAUAGUGCCCCUUUGAGUUCAAUUCAAGAUAACUGGUAAAUUGGGAUUAUUAUUAUUAUAAAUGCGUAUUUUAAAAGCCAUUAGGCUUUUGUUCAGCUUGACCUACCAUCCUGCUGUCAUACAGACUACACAUUACUGUAUUGAGCAUGGAGAGAAAUCCCUUAAACAGAAAAUGAGAAUAUACAAUAGCUGUGGAAUUUGAUUACACGUCUUUUGAUUCUGCCUUUCAGUUUUCUUGUUGGAAUUUCUCAGAGGUGUUCUGAGGCUUACAGCACGAGUGUCAAUCGCAGUUAUUACAAUCACGGUUAAGCAACUGUACAGGCAGAUACAGGCAUAAUUUCUUUUUUAUAUGUGUUAUGCAAGCACAUUGAGAAUUGUUAGAAUAAGUUUAUUUUAGUAAACCGGUUGUGUUAUGUCCGUCUGUUAGCAAGAGAUGAUUGAGUUGAGGAAAGUUGUUGUUUCGGGAGGGGAUGCAUUUUGUUGACUGAUUUCUACAAAUUUUGAGAUGUCUUGAGGUGAAGCACAAUGUUUCAAACAUUUAAGCAUGACCCUCAUGUCAAAGCCAAAAAAUAAUAAAAAAGUUGCAACCUUAAA